CUCCUAGCUUCUUCUUCCUCCUCUAAUUUUUCGAUAAAAAAUUCUGGAAAAGAAUCACUGCGAUCUUCUUAAAAGUGAAACAAACCAUUUCAUUUCCUUUUUUUUCUGUGUGGGGUUUCGGCCAUUGUUGAAGAAGAUGCAGUGCCUCUCCUUCAAUCUCAAUUCAUCGGCCCAAUCGUUUCCCAGCUCGCCUCAGUCCCAAUUUCAAUCUCAAAUUCAUCAGAACGGUGUAAAUUCUUGCCCCCCAACACAUUCGCAGGGGAAUUCAACUGAAUGUGACGGAACACCCAGAUCCAGCACAACUCAGCUAUCACCCUCCUUCAAUAUCCGUGAAGAAUACAAUCGCGCAUUGCAGACCAAUUCUUGCAAUGAGAUUCGCUCUAGAAUUGGAGAUCAAGAGCACGUCGAUAACCAUCAGCUGAAUUUGUCGCAGGUACUGCACCCCGACAGAGAAUCCGUCCACCAAGCUCUUCGCCACAUCGAUCCCAAGGCUACCCUCACUCGCUUGGUUUCUACCUAUUUCGAUCACAGCGAAAACAUCUGCACUCUCUGCCUCGAACUCCACAAAUGCAUAUCUAAUGCCCGUUUCCUUUAUGGUCCCAUUACUGAGCUUCUUGAAGUGUUCCCUAAUGAACUAAGUUCCAUCAAUCACUCGCAGUGUGACUGGGCUUUCGAUAUUUUCCUCAAAUUCGAUAGCCUGGACAAUCCUUUUCCUUCACGGGAUUCUCAUAACUUCAACGAAAUGAGCCGCAGUUUCUCCCAGCUCAAGGAACAGCUUGAUCAGCGCCUCCACAAAUCCCAUUCUAGGGGUCGUAUCUUGGACCGCGCAAUGACUCGAUCAGCCAUUUGUCUCAUCGGCACUGUCGUUGGUAUCGCCGUUACAGCCGUGGUUAUCUCCACUCAUGCACUUGCUGCAAUUGUAGGCCUUUUCGCUACCCCGCUUUGUCCCAUUUAUGUUCCGAGUCAUGUCAAGAAGAAACACAUUGCUCAACUGAAAGCUGCUUACGGUGGGUCUUUUCACCAUAUCAAUGACCUUGACACCAUUGUCUGCCUUGUUGCCCGGUUACAUGAUUCGGUCGAGCGAGACAAGGACCUUAUGCGGAUCGGACUCGAGAGGGGUAGGGACAUAUACCCCAUAUAUCAAGUUGUGAAUCAUCUUCGCAAUAACCACGGUAAAAUUCUUGACCAGCUCAAAGAACUCGAGGAGCAUAUAUGCCUAUGCUUCAAUGUCAUCAAUAAAUUUCGAGGUAACCUGUUCAAGCAGAUUCAUCCUCAUCAAUCUACUGAUUCUUGAUACUCCUACUGUCGAUGUAAUUAUAGCCAUACAGUCGAUAUAACAUGCUCUGACUAUUGUACUCUAAUUCUACUGAUCCACAGGCUUGAGUGCUGAACUCCAUUUCUCCAUAGCCAUUUGC